CCUACAAGUCCAGACAGAGGGCACACAUUACCCAGCAGCCACUUUCACCGUGUUUUAAAGCAAGAUGGCAGCUGUUGUUGAGAAUGUUGUCAAACUGUUGGGGGAGCAGUGCUACAGAGAUGCCCUUGAGCAGUGUCACAACUACAACGCCCGGCUCUGCGCCGAGAGGAGCGUUCGAAUGCCGUUCCUGGACUCUCAGACCGGCGUGGCGCAAAGCAACUGCUACAUCUGGAUGGAGAAGAGACACAGAGGACCAGGCGUGGCUCCAGGGCAGCUCUACACGUAUCCAUCCAGGAGGUGGAGGAAGAAACGGAGGUCUCAUCCUUCAGAGGAUCCGCGGCUCAUCUUUCCUCCUGUCAAGUCAGAGCUGGAUUUGGGGCUGAAGAAGGACGGUCUGCUGUCAUCGGAUGGUAGCAGCUUGGAGGCUCUGCUGAAGGGGGAGUCGUUGGACAAACGGGCGGCUGCGGACCUCCGGGGUUCUGAGGAAGAGUUGAACCAGAGUGAUUACACAGGAAGCCUGAACCCCGCGUCCCGAAUAAGAAAGAGGAUCCUGGAGCCAGACGACUUCCUGGAUGACCUGGACGAUGAAGACUAUGAGGAGGACACGCCCAAAAGAAGGGGCAAAGGGAAAGGAAAGGGACGAGGAGUGGGCAGCAGCAGGAAGAAGCUGGACACAGCAGCUCAGGAGGACCGAGACAAGCCCUACGCCUGUGACAACACUAUCAAACAAAAGCAUAUUUCCAAAUCUUCUGAAAGAGUCUGUGGGAAGCGCUACAAGAACCGUCCAGGCCUGAGUUACCACUACGCCCACUCCCACCUGGCUGAGGAGGAGGGGGAGGAGAAGGAGGAUACGGAGAUCAACGAGCCUCCUCUGCCGCUGCCCAACGAGCCGAAAACUCCUAAAAAGGGUCCAGACGGUCUCGCGUUGCCGAAUAAUUACUGUGACUUCUGCCUGGGAGACUCCAAAACCAAUCACAAGACGGGCCAAUCAGAGGAGCUGGUGUCCUGCUCCGACUGCGGACGCUCAGGCCACCCCUCCUGCCUGCAGUUCACUCCCGUCAUGAUGGCCGCCGUGAAGACGUACCGCUGGCAGUGCAUCGAGUGUAAAUGCUGCAACAUGUGUGGCACCUCGGAGAACGACGAUCAGCUCCUCUUCUGUGAUGACUGUGACCGAGGCUACCACAUGUACUGUCUCAACCCUCCCAUGUCUGAACCUCCUGAAGGGAGCUGGAGCUGCCAUCUAUGUCUGGACCGUUUGAAAGACAAAGCGUCCAUAUACCAGAACCAACUGGCAUCAUGAUGGUUGCACCGGCCGGCCCAGUCACCCCCCGCCCGUCCUGCAGCAGACUGGCUUGUCCCUGAAGAUACGCGAUGACCU